AUGUCAUCCUACACAUCUCCAUCUCCAUUGUCUAAUAACAAUUCGUGCGGACCUGCAUCGACGACCACUGCAGAAUUAGUUGCAGCAGAGGCACAGUAUCUGUCAAAUCUAAAGCGUGUAGGGAAUGCUCUCAGCUUGUCUACGAACCUCGUUCUGACACAAGGGCGUAAGGUCAGCAACACUAUCCGUGGACUGAUGGAACGAUGGACGGCUCUAAUACAUUUUCAUGUCAAGUUUCACGACGACAUUAGAGCCGUAAAAGAAGACACCCCUACUGUAGUCACCCUACUCAUCAAUCUCCUUUUCACAUUAGAGCCAGUUCUGAUGGAACAUGGUCGUGAAAUAUCCAAUGUUGUUUAUAAGUUAACUCGGGAUGAGAAGAAGGCUGGACAUAACCCAGUAGAGUGGGAAGGGGCACUUCGUCACCCCUUUGAUCAUUUAAUGAUUUAUAAUGAAUGGAUUCAGCGGAUUGAUGCACAGCCCCAAUACAAACGAGAAGGUCUUGCACAGCUCAAUGAAAUUGCCUUGAAUGUCAGAUCUGCUAUCGAGUCAAACCAGAACCCUCGUAACAUGCUCAAGCGCAUCAGCACCUUAGCUCGUAAUGUGAUCCGGCGCCCGACAAAUGCCCAAUGGAACAAUAGCGCACAUAGCAAUGCCAAUGAUGUUUCAAGUGCGUCGGGAAUGCCUAUCAGCCCAACAUCAGCAGCCAGUGCAUUUCCUACACCUGACACAGCAACCACGCUCGCGUCCCUGGCAGAGUUUCAGUCCAUACCCUAUAAGGACAAUAGCAGCAACAGUAGCACUAUUAACCUCAAUCCCAGAAGGGCAUCUAUAGACACAUUGAGGAUUGCGACUGCAAUGACAACGCCUAAGAACAGGGCUGUUGAGGCCUUCGUAGACCAAUAUCAAAUCUCAGCGUAUCUUGAUACCAAAACAGCCUUUGAAUCAGACCGCUCAUCGAUGAACCUGAGUGGUACGAUAAGAACUUGGGGUUCACCGGAUUCUGGUGUAUCUGGUGUAGGUAUAGAACCAAGGGUACAGCCUGUUCGCAGUCCCAAGCGAGCCUCAAAGAUUAGUAGCAUAGGCUCCAUGCAAUCGUAUUCGUCUUCCGAGUCGUUGAAUACUAAGACGAAAAUUGGUGCAGCAGUAAAUGAAAACAAAAGGACUAUUGCGAAUGUGGCAACAACGACUACUACUAAACCGAGUACCUUGACGCGCAGCGCACGGUUUGGUUAUACAUUUGGCGUAGAGACAUUGACAUCAAGUCAGCAUCCACUACCGGUCCAAAAAGAAAUCGAACCAAGCAGGGUUAUAGUACGUUUAGGAACGCAGUCCAUAAUUGCAGCAUCCAAGACAGAGAGGUUGCAGCAACAACAGAGUACACAUGAUACGAGGCCGUUGCCUAAGGACUCAUGGCGGCUACAGCAGGUAAGAUUGCGGAAAGAAAAAGAGGGCCGACUACAGCUGCAGAGAGACCAAGAGAUAAAGGAACGCAAGAGCCGGUUGGUCAAAAAGACUGCCUCCGGUCGAUUUGUUUCGAGACCAUCGAUCGAGCGGUUAAGAGCGAUUAGCACCAAUCGAGACCCAGGCGCUAAGCCCCCAGUGAAGUCUUUGAUCAGUUUCUGGGAGCGGACAGCACAACCCAUAGAGGUUUAA